AUGUAUUCGCGCUAUAUGCGAGAUGUCUCGUCUGAGGUGUCGGACGUCAAAAACACGUUCUCUGGGUGGGACCAGUGUAUGAACAAGGCAUAUUGCAAAUGGCCAGUAAUCAUCGGCAUCGUCGUCGGCGUGGUAAUAGCCAUCUCCAUCGUAUGGUGUCUUGUCCGCUGCCUCUGUUGCGGCGUCGAAUGCUGCUGCAACUGCAUGUCCUGUUUCUCCUGCUGCACCUCCUGCUGCCGUAACGGCCACCACCGCAACCAAGGCUACACCCAACCAGUCCCACCUCCAGUCUCGCAGUUUCCGCAAUAUACACAGUAUCAACCUGCCGCUGCACCCGUCUACCGCCCCCAACAACCUCAAUAUGCUCGUUUUGACGCUCCGUCGUCGAACAAAGCUUUUAACGAAGACGCUCUGCCUGCUAUGCCUAGUUGGGGUCAAAGCCGCACUUUGCGCCAACAAGACACAGAGGCAAAUGAUAUGGAGAUGGGUAGUUUGCAUAAUCAGGCGGCUCAACCUAUGCUUCCCAAGUCGCCAAUCUCGCAUGUUCAGGAGUAUCCUUAUCAGGCUAAUGCAGGUGCUUAUGGCGGUGACCUUGGUACUUCACACUCGCCGUAUGCUCCUCAGACCGAGCAGUAUGGUUAUGGUCAUUAUAGCCCUAGAGUUGCUUCGCCUGCAGGGUACGAAGCUAGUGUUGCUCCAAGUUACCAUACUACUGCUCCUGCUGCUCCUGGGGUUGCGAGAAAGCCUGUCAGUGGUUCGUGGAGGGAUUUGUGA